CAAAAGCCAAGAAGUCUCUUUAUUUACGCCUACCUCCCAGCCCGUGGCAAUCUGACUAAUAACAAACUGAGCUAACAAGAAAGACUAGAAAGCGUGGAAAGAACAUAGCCGAAGCUUGGAUCUAAAGCCUAAGAAAGCAAGAGUGAUCAAUUCAAGCUCUGUUCAACAUCUUGCUUAUUUACUGUCUUAAGAAGCUUGCAAAUGGUUAACUAUAUGCAGAAAAGUCAGCAUAGCUGUGAAGUAUGCUGUGAAUUUUAAUUGAGGAAAAAGGGCAACUGCUUCAGGAUGGUUUAGUAUGCUGUCUGCCUGGGAGAAUUUUCAGUUAAAUGUUUUGCAUUUUGUCUUCUGGCUGGGUAUUAAGUUUAUGAAGCUAUAGUUACGAUUGGACUUGAAGAAAAGUAAGAACUAAAAAGAAAGUCCAUCUUUUUUAUAAAGAAGGGAAUCACCUCAAACAUCUGCUCCAACGGGGAAUUUCAGAUACCCAGAAAGAGUUACUGCUGUACAGAACCAUAAUCCUUUGGAUGACAAUAUGAAGCUCUGGAUUCAUCUGUUAUUUUCAACUCUGGUCGCCUCUACUUCUAUACAGCUCCAGCUGGCUAUGGCACCGGGUAGAGGACCUUGCGAUUCCCUUUGUUCUUGUGAGGAAAAGGAUGGAAUUCUGCUUAUAAACUGUGAAGAAAGAGGCAUCAAGAAAUUAUCCCAAAUAAGUAUGCCACCAUCACAAUCAUUCCAACUUAGUUUAUUAAAUAAUGGAUUGACUACAUUACAUACAAAUGACUUCUCUGGAUAUGCCAAUGCCCUCUCAAUACAUCUUGGAUUUAAUAGCAUAGCAGAUAUUGAAUCCGGUGCAUUUAAUGGUCUUGGCCUUCUUAAGCAGCUUCACAUCAAUCAUAAUUCCUUAGAAAUCCUUAAAGAGGAUACUUUCCAUGGAUUGGAAAACUUGGAAUUCCUUCAAGCAGACAAUAAUUUCAUCACAGUGAUUGAACCAAGUGCCUUCAGCAAGCUCAACCGAUUAAAAGUUCUUAUUUUAAAUGAUAACGCUAUUGAAUUUCUUCCUCCAAACAUAUUUCGCUUUGUCCCACUGACCCACUUAGAUCUUCGUGGAAACCAGUUACAAACAUUGCCUUAUGUUGGCUUCUUAGAACAUAUUGGCAGGAUAUUGGAUCUUCAGUUGGAGGACAAUAAGUGGGCCUGUAACUGUGACUUACUGCAGCUGAAAACAUGGUUGGAAAAUAUGCCACCUCAGUCUAUAAUUGGUGAUGUUGUGUGCAACAGCCCUCCUUUGGUCAAGGGCAAUGUACUUAGCAGGUUAAAAAAGGAAUUGAUUUGUCCCAUUCCUCCAGUGCAUGAAGAAAAGGAGGAUCCAUCAGGAUCAUUGCACAUGGUUGUGACCUCUUCUGGAAGGGAGAGUCACCUAUCAACCAAGGUGAUACCUGUUUCAAGAGCUCCUACCAAGGAAUCAGGCUUAGCUCCCCCUGUCACAAAGCCAUCCACCCACUAUCCAGGACCUUAUUGCCCUGUUCCUUGCAACUGUAAAGUCCUUUCCCAAUCAGGGCUGUUAAUUCACUGCCAAGAACGCAAUAUUGAAAGUUUGGCAGACUUAAAACCACCUCCUCAAAAUCCAAAAAAGCUAAUUUUAGCUGGUAAUAUUAUUCAAGCCCUUGUGAAAUCUGAUCUUGAGGAAUAUUCUACAUUGGAAAUGCUUCACUUGGGAAAUAAUCGUAUUGAAAUUCUCGAGGAAGGGUCCUUUAUGAAUCUAACCCGAUUGCAAAAGCUCUAUCUAAAUGGUAACCACCUGACAAAAUUAAGUCAAGGCAUAUUCCUAGGUCUCCAGAAUCUUGAGUAUUUGUAUCUUGAAUUUAAUGCCAUCAAAGAACUACUACCAGGAACAUUUAAGACAAUGCCAAAACUUAGAGUUCUCUAUUUAAAUAACAACCUCCUUCAAGCUUUACCACCUCAAAUUUUUGCUGGGAUUCCCUUAGCUAGACUCAGUCUCAAAGCAAACCAGUUUGUUCAUUUACCGGUGACCAACGUCUUGGAUGAACUGGAUUUACUGGUGCAAAUUGAACUUGAAGACAAUCCCUGGGACUGUUCUUGUGACUUAGUUGGGCUGCAGCAGUGGAUGCAAAAGUUGAGUAGGAAUGCAGUGACAGAUGCAAUUGUCUGCUCAUCUCCAGGGCACUUAGAGAAGAAAGAACUAAAGGCACUCAAUAGUGAACUUUUGUGCCCAGGCGUGAUAAACAGCCCAUCCCUCCCGACCCAGCCAAGCUUCAGAAUUGUCACUACUCUUAUUACCACAACCAAUACUGCAGACACCAUUUUAAGAUCACUCACAGAUGUGGUCCCUCUUUCAGUUUUAAUCUUAGGGUUGCUCAUUGUAUUCAUCACCAUUGUAUUCUGUGCAGCUGGCAUAGUUGUUCUUGUUCUUCAUCGUCGGAGACGGUGUAAAAAGAAACAAGUAGAUGAGCAAAUGAAGGACAAUAGCCCUGUGCAUCUUCAAUAUAGCAUGUAUGGUCAUAAAACAACACAUCACACUACAGGACGACCAACAUCAUCAUUGUAUGAGCAGCACUUGGUGAGUCCCAUGAUUCAUGUCUACCGAAGCCCAUCCUUCAGCCCAAAACAUAUUGAACAAGAGGAGGAUGGAAAUGAAAAAGAUGGGGAUGAUUCAAAACAUCUCCGAAAAAGCCUGCUAGAAAGAGAAAACUGUUCACCACUCACGGGGGCCAAUGUAAAAUAUAAAGCUACUGAUCAAUCCACUGAAUUUCUUUCUUUCCAGGAUGCUAGUUCCUUAUAUAGAAAUAUUCUGGAGAAAGAAAGAGAACUUCAACAAUUGGGGAUCACAGAGUACCUAAGGAAGAACAUUGGCCAGCUCCAGCCUGAUAUGGAGGUGCAUUAUCCUGGAACACGGGAGGAACUGAAAUUAAUGGAGACACUUAUGUAUUCCAGACCAAGGAAAGUGUUAGUGGAACAGACUAAAAAUGAAUAUUUUGAACUCAAAGCAAACUUGCAUACUGAACCAGACUACUUAGAAGUCUUGGAACAGCAAACAUAAAGAAUACCACUUGGGACUUGGAUGGGACCAUUGUGAUUCUGUCAUGUCAGAACACUGUAAAUAAAGUGCCUUAAAAUUUUAAAAUUGGGUUUAUCAUCAGAAUUUAAGCACAGCAGUAAUCCUAAGGAAUAAAAAAAGAAAAAAAAAGAAACUCAGGGAUCACUGUGAGAAGCCAUUGCAAAGUUUUUGGGCAAUUGACCCUGCCCCAAAUAAAAUCUAAACCUUGCAUGUGAUUAUUAGUGUAUGGGAGAUGGUCCUAGUCCUUUAGAUAUCUAAGGGUUGAGUAGCAGUCCUCUUAGGAAACUAACUAGAGAGAAUGCAUAUGCAUUUCUUGAUUUCUUUUUUUCCUUGGAUUUAUAAUGUAAUCAGACUACACUAUUUUCAAUUGCACCUGUACAUAUAGUGAUAAGGAUUAAGAAAUAUAUUUGGUUAGGAAUUAAGUACAUGCACUACAUAAGUGAAAAUUAUUUAUAAUUGCACUUAUCAUACAGUAAAUUCAAAAUUUAUUGGUUUCAAUAUAGUGACAAUAAAAUAAAAUUUAGAAAAAUAUGUUCACUGCCUAUGAACUUCAAUAAAAUGUUUUUUGUUUUUUUCCCCAUGGGAUCAGUCUAUCAAAUACAAAAUAAGAGCUGUUCUUUAAAAUACUUUGUGAAUUUAAGUGAAGUAAGCAAAUUAUUUUAAGUUCUCCAAUAGCAGUUAAUUCAUAUCUGGAGAUUCUCACUUUAAAUGCUGCUGAAAAUGAUUACAAUUAUGUUUAAAUUGUAAUUUGUUGUCCUAUUCCAUUUUGAAAGCUACUGAAAAUCAACUGUAAAUAUAUUUAGUGCACCUAAUAAGUCUUUAUUUUUCCUUUCCUAGCAUUGGCUUUGAAUAUUCAUGGUAAGUCUAAGCCCACUGUGGCCAGUUAUUUACAGGUGCAAAAGAAAAAGGGAAAAUUGUUGUGUUGCUUUUCUUUCUUUUUUUUAAUUAAGCCAAUUUUGGCCACAUGAGUAGCAAAAAGGCACUUGAGGUGGUAAGUGGUAGAAAUGGCUUAGUUGAAGUACUGCAACUUUAUUUUAUAAGAAAUUAUAGUUAGAUUUCUAUAAAAUAUUUAUUCUGUACAGUUUUGUAUAUUUUUGUUUCACAGAAGUAAUUAUUCUUGGGUGCCUUUCAAAGAAAUUAAAGAACUGUUCACUAUAAAUAAAAUGAAUUUCAAAAA